GAGAAAGUCGUCAGGGUUGUCGGUGGUUCCCUGUCGUCGGGCAUCACGCAUGUGAACCAUCCCCCACCGGCGGAGCGCGAACACAUCGCUGCGUACAUCGUGAUCUGGCGCGGGGUCACCUUCUAUCACUGCGAACGAGAAAACCGCACAGCGCUCAUACGUCGUUCCCGUGCUUGAGGAAGUCCGCUUUUCUGCAGACGUGUUCAGUCUUGCUUGGCAUCACCCAGCACCAUGUCUGGCUCUUACGAUGAAUCCGCUGUUGCUGAUGAGGCCAUGGACAGCUUUUGGGAGGUGGGAAAUUAUAAGCGCGCUGUCAAGAGAAUUGACGACGGCCAUCGACUCUGCAAUGAUCUUAUGAACUGCCUUCAAGAUCGUGCCAAGAUUGAGAAGGCCUACAGCCAGCAGCUCACUGAAUGGUCCAAAAGGUGGAGGCAGCUGAUCGAGAAAGGGCCCCAGUACGGGUCUGUGGAACGGGCCUGGAUAGCCAUGAUGACAGAGGCCGAUAAGGUGAGUGAACUUCAUCAAGAGGUGAAGAACGGCCUGAUGAACGAGGACAUCGAGAAGGUGAAGAACUGGCAGAAAGACUCGUAUCACAGACAGAUGAUGGGUGGCUUCAAGGAAACCAAAGAGGCAGAAGAGGGCUUCAAGAAAGCCCAGAAACCCUGGGCGAAGAAGCUCAAGGAGAUGGAGACGGCAAAGAAGAACUAUCACAUGGCAUGUAAAGAGGAGAAAAUGGCUGCAGCCCGUGAGGCAGAUGCAUCCGUCACUCCUGACCAGCAGAAGAAACUCCAUGAGAAGACAGAGAAAUGCAAACAGGACGUGCAGAAGGCGAAGGAGAAGUACGAGAAGUCUCUGGAUGAGCUGUCGAAGUGCACACCUCAGUACAUGGAGUCCAUGGAGCAGGUGUUUGACCAAUGCCAGCAGCACGAGGUCAAAAGACUGACCUUCCUCAAAGAGGUCCUCCUGGACAUCAAACGACACCUAAACCUCACCGAGAACCAAAACUAUGCGUCAGUGUACCGCGAGUUUGAACGCACCAUUCUGGCUGCCAACACACAAGAGGAUCUCAAGUGGUUCAGUAAUAAUCACGGUCCUGGCAUGCAUAUGAACUGGCCCCAGUUUGAGGAGUAUAAUCCAGAAGCCACCAAUGCUGUUGCCAAGAGAGAAAAGAAGAAGCCAGAUGGAGUCGCUCCUGCUACUCCGAGCACAGAGCAUGCAGGUCAACCAGGAGACCGUGGCAGUGUGAGCAGCUAUGAUAAGAACCAGGCGUACUCCACAGAGUGGUCGGAUGACGAGCAGCCCGCCGGGUACUCGGGGAACGAGACGAAUGGCGGUGCGAACUCGUUCGAGGACGACUCGGGCAGCAGAGCAGGCGUACGAGUGCGAGCGCUCUAUGACUAUGAUGGGCAAGAGCAGGACGAGCUAAGCUUCAAAGCAGGUGAUGAACUAACAAAGAUCGAAGAAGAAGAUGACCAGGGUUGGUGCAGAGGCCGUCUGGACAGCGGGCGGACAGGCUUAUACCCGGCCAAUUACGUUGAAGAAAUCUGAUCACCUGACUGGAGGACAACACACCUUUGGAGGCAGCUCUGAUUGUCUGACGUAACGACAUGGCAAAAACGCCAGAGACUUAAUAUGAACGACUUUCCCUGAAGAUGUGCAAUGCAGUCUUGUUUAAAAUCAAAAAAAUCUUAGUAAAGAUAGCCAACACUGUAUAUAUCGAUCUUAUCUGGGAGGCGGGGAAGAGCUUGCUCACUACUAAUAUCUAUUUGCAAAUAUUUAAAAAGCGUAUACUUGCAUACAAACAAGCAGAUAUCAACAAAUACGUGACCCGUAAGUUAUGCAAGUGCAGGCUAAAAAUUAUUGGUGCGGAUUACAUGUUAUUUGAAAUUAUAUUACAGACAUUAGCGUAAUAUCCAACUGAACAGAUAUUCACUCUGCUGUAUUUUAGUACAAAACUUCAUCAAGUGUGCAAUUACAGGGUACUCGUCCAGUGUCACGUGUUAAACAGAAUAUGACUCACAACAGGCUAUUUUGGGUUUUUUCCUCUUACUCUCACGCUGAUUAAUAUAUUAGCUAUCGUUCUCUUGAUGUCUGUGUCUGUAUGCAUAGCAGCAUGUGCUAUGGAGCAUGUAGCCCUUGAUUCCUCAGGCCAUCUGUACCGUAUGCAAUUUCCACGGUGACCACAGAGGGCAGCAGACUCAUGUCAACCUCACACCAGGAAGCGGUGGAAAAUCUCAGGCUAUGUUCAGAACAGAAUACUAUCCUAGCAGUAGCAUGGACGCUGCAUACUAUUUUUAAAGAUAGUAUGCCAUACGGUAUGCAUAUAUCGAAGCUUUGAGGGAGCGAAGUGCAGUGUGUUCGGUGGAAACAACAUAUCGAUUCUUCAGCUUCACGGAAAACAUUCUUUGUUUUGAACGUUGCGACGUCGAAAAACAUAUUUGUACAAUGCGUGCCAUUGUGUAGACUGAAUAUCUCCCUCACAGCUUCGUUUUUUUAAAUUCAACAUUGCUUCUAACCUGACUAAGAUCUGUAAUUGGUGCGAGCGGCGAGGUAUCAUCACGCAACGCAACUGCACAAAGUAUGCAUACUAAAUACUGCAUAGUAUGUAAGCAUGUGUUCUGAACAUAGCCACAGUCGUCCAGCUGGUUGAUUGUUGAUCUCGUGUUUGUCAAAGUCGUGUGUUGUUCUCAGUUAUUCCAAGAAGUUCUUGUAUAAGCAUCAUCUCUAUUUGGCGUCUGUUCAUGGUCACCUCUUGAUACCAAAUCAAGGUUCUUCAGAUGGACAUGAAUAAUUCCUGUGCAUGAUUUGGGCUACUUAUGCACAGCACAUUGACCAAAUCCAUAGGUGAAUUUCACACCUGCAUCACAUCUACAACCGAUAUAACGAAUCCCUGUAGUUUCAUGGCCUCUUAACCAACACGCUUUGGUUUCGCAUCAAAACUAUUAUUUAAAACAUGUACAAAAAUAUCUGACAUUCUGAAAGACUAACUAAAGAAAAACUAAAACUUUGUGCCAAACUAUGAUUUGCAGGCAAUAUAUACUAUACAGUGGGGCAAAACGUAUUUGGACCGUUCACUCAAAAAUGACAAAUUUGCUCUCCAUUAAGUUGGUUCCAAACCUGGUUCCAAAGUUUCUUUCUUCUGCUGAAUGCAAAAUAAUAUAUUUUAAAGGUCAUUGGUAACCGAGCAGUUACUAGUAGUUAUUGACUUCCUUGAAAAUCAAUAGUUACUGUCAGUCUUCAAAACAUAUUUUUUAGUGCUCAACAGAAGAAAAAUUCGUACAGAUUUGGUACAACUUUGGUACAACUCUCUCUCUAAACCACUGGAUUGCACUGGAUUACAAAAUAUGUGAUGUAGUUGACCGAAAGAUAGCACAAGCACACUUUUCAAAACAAAUAAAUGAAAAAAAUCACAAAGCAGGUUUAGGUUCGAAAUGCGAGAUGGCUGAAAUCGUAUGGCAUUCAUGGUCAUUCAUACAGUAAGUGUCCAAAUACUUUUUGGAAUCAUUUCAUUUUUAUUCCUCUCACAGCUGAACUCUAUAUGGUGAAAAGCCAUGAUUAUGAUAAUGCAAGCAGUGCUCUUCACGUGCCUGUUUUUCCAGAUUGCAUUACUAAAAACGUAAAUAUGCGGGGUUGUGCAUCGCUCGUGGAGUUUCAGUGUGGGACCAAAAAGAAUAAUGAAACAAGAUGUGACUUAAAUAAUACAUUAAGAGGAAAGACCCCCCAGCGGCUUUGUGAUUUGUCUAAAACUGUUCAGUCUAGAAAAAAAAACUAACUUGCAUUGUUAAAAUCUUCUGUGACAUGUACACAAAAAGAAGUACGGAAGAGUACACGUGUCGGGGUUGUAUCGGGGAGUAUCCUCUUUAUUAUAUUCAGUGUGUAUGAGUUGUGUUUAUGUAUAGGAAAUAAAAUUGUAGUGUUAUAAUUGUAAAUGUUGGGUAACAAAAGAACAACGCUUUGAAAAAAAUAACACUGUAAUGCUCUAUAGGUACCAUAUUGUAUUAAUUUGAUUUUGACUGCAAUGAAAUCACUAUGUACCAUACCUGUAUAAAUGCGUGUGGGUCCACGCCGACAUAUUUGUAUAUGAUGAUGUAAUUUAUUAAGAUUAUAUUCUACUGUAACUGUACAACUGUGUUGAGUAGAAACAAACACCUAAGUUGAGACAGUAAAGAGCUGUGUAAUGUAAAUGCUAUUUUUAAUGUUGAUUUGUACUUUAUGCAAACGAAGGGAUGAAGGUUUAUGUUGUGAACGUUUCUCUUGCAGUGUAGAGGACGUGUGUGUGUGUGUGUGUGUGUGUGUGUGUGUGUUCAUAGUUAGUUGAUGUAAAUCGACCUCUUUGCUGGUGUAGUGCCUCCUCAUCCAUAAUAACAUGAUGUUCAUUUAUAUAUGCAUAAAGUUAAUGAUGAACAUGAUCAAAUAAUGACGAAAACCUGAUUUGAAGUUUUUGUGCUGAUGUCGAUAUUGCAAUAUUAGUUUGGAAGGAGAAAACAUGUUCGUUGAGAAAAACUUGCAAAA